AUGUUCUCCCGCUCAAUAAUAUUCGCCCUCCUGGCUGGCGCAACCCAAUGCAUCUCAUGGCCUCAUGGCCCCUUUCAUACGGAGGGCAAGAAUAUUGUCGACGACACUGGAUUGCCAUUCACGUACGUCGGCAUCAACUGGCCCGGCGAGGGCGAGACUAUGAUCCCCGAAGGCCUGCAGUACUCCUCUAUCGCCAACAUCGUGGCCAAGAUCAAAUCUCUCGACUACAACUCCGUUCGUAUGGGCUGGGCAACAGAGAUGGUCGAUGACAUCCUAUACAAUGGCGGCGACGUCAGCAUCAAGGAUACGAUGGUUAAGGUACUUGGGCCGGAGCUUGCUCCAAGCAUUAUCUGUCAAAUUCUCGACCACAAUCCCAAUUUCACUGAGAAUACCACCAGACUCGAGGUCUGGGAUGCUGUCGCAGCUGAGCUCCAUAAACAAAAACUGCACUUGGUUUUCAACAACCACGUCUCCAAGGCUAUAUGGUGUUGCAGCCCUGAUGACGGAAAUGGCUGGUUUGGUGACACAUACUUCGAUGUCGCAAAAUGGAAGCGUAGUCUGGCAUACAUGGCUAAGUACACGGCAAAGUGGCCAGCCAGGACUGCCCUGUCACUCCGCAACGAGCUUCGCCAAGUCAACGGCCCUGCAAAUGACACUUACGGCUGGUCACUAUGGUACGAUGAGAUGAUCGACGCAGCGAACAUCGUUAAUGCCGCCGCCCCAGACGCGCUGGUGUUCAUCUCAGGUCUCAACUACGACCAUGAGCUCAACCCCAUUACAGCUGGCGAACCCCUCAGGCCUCCAGAAGAUAACAGAGUGUUCAAUCUGAGCGACUUCCACUACGCAGACAAAAUUGUUUUUGAGCUCCACAGCUACGACAACUCAAUCGCAAACUGUACUUUCUUCCAAUACGAACUCUACCAGCGCGGGUUCAACGCUCUUGAUAUGACUCCUCAAACAACCUCACGCAACAUCGCCCCAGUCGUACUGACCGAAUUUGGUUUCGCACAAAACAGUUCUGAUUAUCAAGGCGUUUACGCUUUAUGUCUGAAGGAUUUCCUCACUGGUGACAACCGCGUCUUGAACGCGAGUCGAAUCGAGGGACCAAUUGGACAUUUUGAAUGGAACUUGGGUGGCUCGUACUACGUCCGUGAGGGUAUCGUGGAUCAUGAUGACUGGUGGGCAUUGUUGAACCAUGAUUGGAGUGAUUGGAGGAACCAUACUGUGUUGAAUGCGUAUCAGAUUCCGUUGAUACGGGAGACGAUGCUAUAA